AUGCCCAAGGAGGAGACGCUGCCCACACGCAAAAAGAUGCGUAAGGGUCGUCGACGCAAGAUCCGAUGCAUAUUCCAACCCGAUAACCCGGACGUUUGCUCGGAAUGUUUUGCGCGUGGCAGCAGGUGCAUCGAUCAAGAGCACGCCAAUCCAGAAGUCAUUGUUGAUCAUCGAAAAAAUCUCCGAGAGAGGGUGUCAAGGCUGGAGGCUCUUGUAGACACCCUACUCGAGGAUAAAACAGUCAAGUCAGAAAGUCGCAGUCAGAGUCAAAGCUUAGCGGACACAUCAUCACCAAGGCCGAAUAACGUGUACACCAAAGACACCUUUCCGCCUACUCCGCUCUCAACAGAAUCCUCAUCCAACAUCUUCCAGCUAUCGAACAAUCAGCGUGCAGCACCUGACAGGGGCCAUCAUGUGCCUAUUCUCUCCGCUUUCGAAGACGCGCUGAAUGACGCCGAGGCACAAGCCAAAGCUCGCGAUGAUCCUCGGCAGAAGUUAACGACACCAAAACCUGGUCCGGCACCUGAUGAGAGAUAUACGAUAGAGAGCAGACAUGAUGGCGAUAUUGCGGUCGGCAAUACGAUCGCGCAUUCUGCAAAGAGAGAAAAGGCUAAACAGGGGCUAAUCGCGAUGUUACCACCUUUUGACCAACUUACUAAGAUCUUGAAUUCUAACAGUGAAUGGUGGCAAACAUGGCGACGAAAGUGCAGUGGUACAUCCGGAACUGAGCAGAGCCUACCUCGGUUUGCUGCACACGCUCUGACUACCGGGAACAUCGGAGCUAUUGCUACUGUUGUCUUGGCUGUCGGCAUAUCAUCGUCAGACGACUAUGAUGACGCCGAACGGUACUUUGAGGCCGUUGACAGAUGGUUUCUAUCUGAUGAUGAGUAUGCUGCAAGUCUAGAGGGUAUAGAGUGUCUCAUUUUGAAAUCAAAAUGGUACGCAGACGUUGGGCAACCACGACGAGCAUGGAUCGCGUACCGCAAGGGCUUGAUGUACGCCCAGCUCAUGGGUCUUCACCGUAAACGGACAUCCUCUGCAGCCCACGAAAGUAUAUGGUGGUCCCUGUACCACGGAGAUCGUUUCCUGUCUCUUCUACUAGGCCUUCCGUAUGGAAUCAGCGAUGCGCAUUGCGACCUGACGAUGCCGGAGCUUAGCGAGGCUCCAUACAUCCAUCCUAUGGUUGCCAUGACCAAACUCUCACAGCUUGCUGGCAAGGUUAUCGACCGCAAUCAAGGUGUAGCUGAGCAGUCUUUCGCUUGGGCCUUACAACUUGACCAGGAACUUGAGGACUUGUGGAAACGGCUUGAUCCCGUGUGGAUCGACUACACCGAGCUACUAGCCGACGCUAAGGCAAAUGCCGCUGAGCUGCGAGAAAGAAUCAUGGGCCAGAUGGUCUUUCAUCAGAUCCGGGUGUACUUGCACCUGCCGUUCAUGCUGAAGUCGGCGUUAAAUUCGCGCUUCUCCUACUCGCGAAUAGCGUGUCUGAACGGCUCACGAGAAGUACUGCGGCUUUAUCAGUCGCUCCGGACUGGCACUGUCGAGCCACUUUAUGAAUGCAAAGCCAUCGACUUCAUCGGCUUCACUGCCGCUGUACUCCUACUACUUGGCCUGCUCAACACCACCAUGCCCCCACAACCUUCAGCAAUACCUAGUGCCAAAGACAUUGAAGAAGACGUACGUCUGAUCGAAAUCAGCAUCGACAUUUUCCGUCGCGCAUCCAGUGAGAAAGGAGGCAGAGUCGCCGCCCAAUCCGCCCAGGUGCUAGAGAAGAUGAUGGGAAAGUUCAAGGGCACAACCGACGAUUGCGACAAUUCUCACGAGCAAUCCGACUUCGUCAUUCCAUACUUUGGCACCGUUUCAAUCAAGAGAGGUGGACAGGUCAUCAAGAAACCUCCAAGUCCCCCAUCAUCAGCCUCGCCCUGCAUGCUAAGCUCAAGAUCGCCAGCGAAUUCUCAGCAGUACACACCCAGCAGCUCGGAAAUGUUCUCCCGCGCUACACAGUCGCUCAACGUAACGCCCAAGACGUCUAUAUCUGCCGGCACAGGCACAACGGCUUUUAAUCUCGCCGAGCCCUCGCCCUUUGUCUCGUACGAUGGCUUCUACAAUUGGAACAACCUGAGUGGAGACGAACACUCGACACCGAGUAAUGCGGGCUUUAGCGCGCAGGUCAAUGAUGACAGCAUGAACAACUUUUCGUGGCAGCAUAUGCCCAUGGACAUUGAUCAGGAUUGGUCUUGGUUCCUGAAUGAUGCACAGACGACGCAGAGUAUGGGUGGCGCAGCUGGCACGGCUGGCGGUCCGGCCCCUACUGGGGUGCCACUGGAUGUGUUUAAUGCCUCUGGAUUCACUGGCUUUGGCUAA